UUUCGAAACCAAUUACAAAACUGAUUGAUAUACUCCUAUAAUUCAACGAUUCAUAAACUGAUACCGAUAAUUUUUACGCAAGAUAUAUUUUCGACGCUUCUUUGAACUCACCGACGAUGUCAGAAAAUUGAAAUUGAAAUUCUUUGAAGAGAGAUAAGAAUUCUUACAGUAGUACCGAAAUUAGAAGACGAUAAUAUUGCUUUUUAUUACGUUGAGUUGAUACCAGUGAGUGAAACCCCAAUAGUGGAAAAUAAGGAGAAAUUAUGGAUUUUGAAAUAGGUACAGAUGUGGUUAAAGAUGAAAUAUUAGCAAUAAGAAGUAGAUUCCCAACAAAAAUACCUGUUAUCGUUAAAAGAUUCUCCAAAGAAAAGCAUUUACCUCAGCUGGAUAAAACGAAAUAUUUAGUACCCCAAGAGGUGACUAUGUCACAAUUUCAAAUGAUUCUGAGAAAUAAAAUGCAGCUUCAUCCUAACAGAUCUAUGUAUCUUCUUGUUAAUGAUAGAUCGAUGAUUAGUUUAUCGACGACCAUAGCUGAAGUAUACUAUGAGUAUGCUAAAAACGAUGGAUACCUUUAUAUAACAUACGCAUCUCAAGAGGUAUUUGGUAGCAGGUCUUCGGAUUCACUUGAAAAAGUUCAAACUCGAAAAUAAAAUACUGAUGACUGAAAAGUUAAAAUAAUAAAAUGACAUAAAAAUAUGACUUAGUUAUGAGUUUAAAGACUGUUAUUUAUAUGUUUUUGUGAUUGAUUUCUUUUUGAAAGCAUAGUUUUAGCUUUGUACUGAUUUACUAUAUUUUAAAUAGGUCAAUGAAAUGCAAAAUUGAAAUUAUUAUAAUUACUGUCCUAUCACAUGUCAAAUAGUUAUUAAAGACUGAUUUCUGUUUGAAUCUGGCAUUAAAAAACAACAACCAAAAUGAGUUGGGAUAACAGAAAUAUUAGUGUUUAAUACCUUUGAACGAGUUGUGAAUUAUUGUAAAUUGUUGAUUCUUAAAAUAUUUAUUGUGUAUGGCAGUUCUACUUCCUCAUGCAUUUAUCAUUUUUGUCUCAUUUAUUAUUUAUUGAACCAAAUGUAUUUUGACAUAUGGGGUAGUAGAGCUUUAUAAUAUUAUACAUAGUGCUAUUAAAAUUGUUAAAUGUGAUUAAAAUGUUUUCUAUAAUUAAAUGUUAUAAUAAUUUUUACUUAA